AGGACACGCAUACAAAUAAUACAAUACACUGUUUUUGGAGCUUAUUGGGAUUUUCACCCCAUUCCAUAGUGUAUGAGUUAAUUUUUUAUCUGCAAAUGUGCUGAUUAAUGAUUACAUUUCAAAAAAUUUUAAAGAUUAACAUGAGAUCAAAGCGUCUUAUUUUCAUCUUUGUUGCUAUUUUUUUUCUGUUUGCCAUGUUUGGGGAGCUGCGACAUUUUCGUAAAAGCUUCAAAAUCGAUAACACUGGCCAUCUGAUCAGAAGCAUAUUCAACACAACACGAGAAAGUAAAGAAUUAAAAUUGAAACAACUGAAGUAAUAUUACAAAAUCCCAAGAUAGUUUUGUUGUUUUGGUCUACCAUAUUUGGCACACCAGCAAAAAAGGACGAAGGUGUUUGGGAAAAAGGAAACGAAAAAGGACAAUGCCCGAUCGCGUGUGAAGUUACAAUUAAUCGUUCGCGUAUUAAUGAAGCUGAAGGCUUUAUUGUUCAUGCUAUGGAUUCGCAUCCCUUACCUCCAAUAAAGAACAAGCCUUGGCUUCUCUGGACUCAAGAAAACCCAAUUUCAGUGCCAGUUUUAUCAAACUCAGAGUACAUGUCGCAGUUUCAACUAUUUUCAAGCUAUCGAUUGGACUCGGAUAUUCCCUGUCCCCUGUUUACAAAGCCAAGUCUUGAUCCACCAAUAGAAUUUGAAAAAAAGUAUGGAGGAGUUAUGGCUGCAUUUUCAAACUGCGAACCAGUUAGAACUGCCUACUUGAAAGAACUUAUGAAGUAUAUACACGUGGACUCUUACGGGGGCUGCGUUCACAAUAAAGACGGUUUACCAUUUCGCUACCAAGGUAAUUUUAAGAAAAAAAAGGAAGAGCUAGAGAAGUUUUAUAAAUUUGUGAUAGUAUUUUUCAACGAAGAUUGCGAUUAUUUUGUUGAUGAUCAAAUUCUUCACGCUUUAAAUGCUGGUGCUGUUCCAGUUGUUAUGAGUACAGAUAAAAUUUACGAGUUUUUGCCUGGAAAUUUAGAAAAAGCUAUAAUAAAUGUACGAGACUUUGAAUCUCCCGAAGAUUUGGCCAACUCGUUAAAGUUUUUAAUGAAUGACAAAAAGGAAUACGAAAAAUUUCUUGAGUGGAAGUUCAAAGGUCUUGGUUCAAUUGAUGAGACAGCUAUUGGGAAAUACUGGAAUGAUAAAUUUGGACUUUGGUGUAACGUGUGCUUGGCAAUUUCUGAAGGAAGAGUACAUAAGGAUGGACUUUUGGUUGACAAUUGCAAACCACGAGAUUUCAGAGAUUGGGGGAUAAUGCCAUAACCGCAUUUGAAGA